UUUAUUACUUCAAAUUUUACUCACAAAAUAAUCCUAAAUGCUCAGCUAUUAGCACAAGCGGCGCAAACACAGGGCAAAUUUAUGCUCACAAUAAAUCGUCAGAAGGGCGAAGCGGAGAGCGAGAACAAAAUAGACCGUUAUGUGAUCGAACUAAAGCGAGAAAAUGAUGGAGAACCGUUUGGGAUUGUUCCAGUGGUUGAAGAAGACACUGUAAUAGUUGGAAAAGUGACUGGCAUAGCAGCCUUUGCUGGUGUCAAGGAAAAGGACCAAAUUAAGCGAGUGAAUGGUGAAGCGGUGCAGUCUGUGGCAGAUUUUGAGCAAUUCACGCGUGGGCAGCAGAAAAUUGUCCUGUAUAUUGUUCGUGGUGCAAAGAUUGUCAAAAGCACCAAAGUGGAACUUGAAGCAAAGGUACAUUUUUGA